AUGAUCAUUCAAGGGUGAGAUUGCAGCUGCUGGAUGGGGACCCUCACUCUGACUACAUAAACGCCAAUUACAUCGAUGGCUACCACCGGCCUCGCCAUUACAUUGCAACUCAAGGGCCAAUGCAAGAGACAGUGAAGGAUUUCUGGAGAAUGAUUUGGCAAGAAAACUCUGCAAGUGUUGUCAUGGUCACCAACCUGGUGGAAGUGGGCAGGGUGAAGUGUGUUCGAUACUGGCCAGAUGACACAGAGGUCUAUGGAGAUAUUAAAGUCACAUUAAUUGAGACAGAACCAUUGGCAGAGUAUGUCAUACGCACCUUCACUGUGCAGAAGAAAGGCUACCACGAGAUCCGGGAGAUUCGGCAGUUCCACUUCACCAGCUGGCCAGACCAUGGGGUUCCUUGCUAUGCCACGGGCCUCCUGGGCUUCGUUCGUCAAGUGAAGUUCCUCAAUCCCCCAGAAGCAGGACCCAUUGUUGUGCACUGCAGUGCUGGGGCUGGGAGAACAGGGUGCUUUAUUGCCAUUGACAUCAUGCUGGACAUGGCAGAGAACGAAGGGGUGGUGGAUAUCUUCAACUGCGUGCGAGAGCUGCGCUCCCAGAGGGUCAAUCUGGUGCAGACAGAGGAGCAGUAUGUAUUUGUCCACGAUGCCAUUUUGGAGGCAUGUCUCUGUGGCAACACGGCCAUUCCAGUUUGUGAGUUCAGAUCCAUAUAUUACAACAUCAGCAGACUAGAUCCACAAACCAAUUCCAGCCAGAUAAAAGAUGAAUUUCAGACCCUGAACAUCGUGACGCCGCGGGUGCGCCCGGAGGACUGCAGCAUCGGGCUGCUGCCGCGCAACCACGACAAGAACCGCGGCCUGGACGUGCUGCCCCUGGACCGCUGCCUGCCCUUCCUCAUCUCCGUGGAUGGGGAGUCCAGCAACUACAUCAACGCUGCCCUCAUGGACAGCCACAAGCAACCUGCUGCCUUUGUUGUAACCCAGCACCCUUUGCCCAACACCAUAGCAGACUUCUGGAGGCUGGUGUUUGAUUAUAACUGCUCCUCUGUCGUGAUGCUGAAUGAGAUGGAUGCAGCACAGCUCUGCAUGCAGUACUGGCCAGAGAAGACCUCCUGUUGUUAUGGCCCCAUUCAAGUGGAGUUUGUUUCAGCAGACAUCGAUGAAGAUAUCAUCAACCGGAUAUUCCGGAUCUGCAACAUGGCCAGGCCUCAGGAUGGCUAUCGCAUCGUCCAGCACCUGCAGUACAUUGGCUGGCCAGCCUACAGGGACACCCCCCCUUCCAAACGCUCCCUCCUGAAGGUGGUCAGAAGGUUGGAGAAGUGGCAGGAGCAGUACGACGGGAGGGACGGACGGACUGUUGUCCACUGCCUGAAUGGUGGGGGACGCAGCGGCACCUUCUGUGCCAUCUGCAGUGUCUGUGAAAUGAUUCAGCAGCAAAACAUCAUCGAUGUGUUCCACAUAGUGAAAACGUUACGGAAUAAUAAAGCCAACAUGGUGGAGUCACUGGAACAGUAUAAAUUUGUAUACGAGGUUGCACUGGAAUACUUGAGUUCCUUUUAGCCCAGCAGAGGGAGGGGAGCCUCCGACGUGCCAGACUCCAAUCUCUGGCAGACUCAUCUCCCCUCUCCCACACUGGAAGGCAGUAACAAGUGUGGGAAGGAAGAACUCUCCUUCCCAGAGCAAGGAACUGGGAUUGCACAGACCACGCUGGAAGGAGACGAUGCCUGUGUUUGCUGCUGCCUGCUUUCUACUGGAACAUCUACUGCUUCUUAAAUAACCUACUGUAAAAAUUAGCAAAAUGGGAGACAGGCUGAAAGACUGGACUUUCUAAUCCCCUCUGACUUCUGCUCUCCUCUUUUGGAUUGUAUUUUUGCUCUCCUUGCUGCAGAGUGGGGAAGGAAUGAAACCCUUAGGAAAUUAUCUUUUAAAUGUCUCCUUUUUAAUUUAUAAUUUUGUUCUCAAAUCCCAGACUUUAAAUUUUUAAUUUCAUGCAGCAGUCAUUUGGGAAAAAUGAGAUAGCCAUGGGGGGGUAUGAGAAAUGUUUCAUUACAAUUUGUCUACCUUAUCUCUUUCCUUUUAUUUGUUUUUCUAAAUGAAAAGGUC